GCAUCAAACAUGAUGGAACUAUGUGUGACACUUGCCGCCAACAACCAAUCAUUGGCAUCCGAUGGAAAUGUGCAGAGUGCACAAAUUAUGAUUUGUGUACCGUUUGUUAUCAUGGAGACAAACAUCACUUAAGGCAUCGCUUUUACAGGAUUACUACACCAGGAAGUGAACGGGUUCUGUUGGAGUCUCGUAGAAAAUCUAAGAAGAUUACAGCCAGAGGCAUCUUUGCAGGUGCCAGAGUGGUGCGAGGAGUGGACUGGCAGUGGGAAGAUCAAGAUGGGGGCAAUGGGCGUAGAGGAAAGGUAACGGAAAUCCAAGACUGGAGUGCAUCAAGCCCACACAGUGCAGCAUAUGUUCUCUGGGAUAAUGGUGCUAAGAACCUUUACAGAGUUGGCUUUGAGGGCAUGUCUGAUCUGAAGUGUGUCCAGGAUGCCAAAGGAGGUUCUUUCUACAGAGAUCAUUGCCCUGUGCUAGGUGAGCAGAAUGGCAACAGGAAUCCUGGUGGAUUGCAGAUUGGUGACCUGGUAAAUAUAGACCUUGACCUAGAAAUUGUACAGUCUUUGCAGCAUGGCCAUGGAGGAUGGACUGAUGGGAUGUUUGAGACUUUAACUACAACUGGAACUGUCUGUGGCAUUGAUGAAGAUCAUGACAUUGUAGUACAGUAUCCAAGUGGCAAUAGGUGGACCUUCAAUCCUGCUGUUCUCACUAAGGCAAACAUUGUCCGAAGUGGGGAUGCUGCCCAGGGUGCAGAAGGAGGCACCUCGCAGUUUCAAGUGGGUGAUCUUGUGCAAGUUUGUUAUGAUCUGGAAAGAAUUAAACUUCUCCAAAGAGGACAUGGUGAAUGGGCUGAAGCAAUGCUUCCAACUUUAGGUAAAGUUGGCCGAGUACAACAGAUUUAUUCAGACAGUGAUUUAAAGGUGGAAGUUUGUGGCACAUCUUGGACAUAUAAUCCUGCAGCAGUUUCCAAGGUGGCAUCUGCAGGAUCAGCCAUUAGCAAUGCAUCUGGUGAAAGACUCUCACAGCUUCUGAAGAAAUUAUUUGAAACCCAAGAAUCUGGUGACCUCAAUGAAGAGCUGGUUAAGGCUGCUGCCAAUGGGGACGUGGCUAAAGUGGAAGAUUUGCUGAAAAGGCCAGAUGUGGAUGUAAAUGGAUAGUGUGCUGGCCACACAGCAAUGCAAGCUGCUAGUCAAAAUGGACAUGUUGAUAUUUUGAAGUUGCUUUUGAAGCAAAAUGUAGAUGUAGAGGCAGAGGAUAAAGAUGGAGACCGAGCCGUUCACCAUGCCGCCUUUGGAGAUGAGGGCGCUGUUAUCGAAGUCCUGCACCGAGGCAGUGCGGACCUGAAUGCUCGCAAUAAGCGAAGGCAGACGCCCCUGCAUAUCGCUGUCAAUAAAGGGCACCUUCAGGUUGUGAAGACGAUUCUGAAGGUGACACCCCUCUCCAUGACGCCAUAAGUAAGAAGCGAGAUGACAUCCUGGCUGUUCUUUUGGAAGCUGGAGCAGACGUGACCAUCACCAACAACAACGGGUUCAAUGCCCUGCAUCACGCUGCACUAAGAGGAAAUCCCAGUGCAAUGCGUGUUUUACUCUCAAAGUUACCAAGGCCGUGGAUUGUGGAUGAGAAGAAAGAUGAUGGGUACACUGCCUUGCACCUGGCCGCCCUGAAUAAUCAUGUGGAAGUGGCUGAGCUGUUGGUGCAUCAGGGAAAUGCAAACCUGGAUAUCCAGAAUGUGAACCAGCAAACGGCCCUACACCUUGCUGUUGAACGGCAGCACACUCAAAUUGUUAGGCUUUUGGUCCGCGCAGGUGCUAAGCUAGACAUUCAGGAUAAGGAUGGAGAUACUCCUUUGCAUGAGGCUUUGAGGCACCACACUCUGUCUCAGCUACGGCAGCUACAAGACAUGCAAGAUGUGGGGAAGGUGGAUGCUGCCUGGGAGCCAUCAAAAAACACACUAAUAAUGGGACUUGGUACCCAGGGAGCAGAAAAGAAGAGUGCAGCAUCUAUUGCCUGUUUUCUGGCAGCCAAUGGUGCUGACCUCAGCAUUCGAAAUAAGAAGGGGCAGUCACCACUGGAUCUCUGCCCUGACCCAAGUCUCUGCAAAGCACUGGCAAAAUGUCACAAGGAAAAAGUCAGUGGCCAAGUGGGUUCUCGGAGUCCUUCUAUGAUUAGCAAUGAUUCUGAAACCUUAGAGGAAUGUAUGGUAUGCUCAGACAUGAAGAGAGAUACUCUUUUUGGUCCAUGUGGACACAUUGCGACUUGUUCUUUGUGUUCCCCACGUGUCAAGAAAUGCCUCAUCUGUAAAGAGCAGGUUCAGUCCAGGACAAAGAUUGAAGAAUGUGUGGUGUGCUCUGACAAGAAAGCAGCUGUUCUUUUCCAACCUUGUGGACACAUGUGUGCUUGUGAGACAAGUGGGAGUAUUCCAGUGCUGCAGAAGGACAAGGACAACACCAAUGUCAACGCAGACGUGCAGAAGCUGCAGCAGCAGCUGCAGGACAUUAAGGAGCAGACUAUGUGCCCUGUGUGUUUGGAUCGUCUGAAGAACAUGAUUUUCCUCUGUGGCCACGGAACAUGCCAGCUCUGUGGAGACCGAAUGAGUGAAUGCCCAAUUUGUCGAAAGGCAAUUGAACGGAGGAUUCUUUUGUACUGAUUAAGAAACACAGAGUGUUUUGUUAGCUAAAGUAUGUGAUCAUGAGAUCUUAGUGGGUUCUAAAGCUAGUUGGAAGUUUAAUCUAAUGGAUUAAUUUGAAAUUUCAUAAUUUUUUAUUAGAAUGUAAUUAGAUUUGUAUAUGUACCUCCAUCACAACGAAAACAUCAUACAGUGUUUGAAAUUGCCGAUUUGGGUGUGUGUGUUUUCCUCUGAAAAUUUGGAACAUCAAAUCCGUGUUAAUUAAUAGAAAAUUUGCUAUUGGCUUCAAAGGGGAAAUCCUUUAAGGACCUCCUUUAACAUUUGUUUUUAUUGUAUUUUUCUUUUUAAAUUUAUACAUAUGUUAGACCUUAAAAGUGAUUUACAAGGUCGAUAUUCCUUCAUGAUUUCAUGAUUAUCAUGAUUUCACAUGGUGAAAUGACACAGCUAUUCCAAAAAGUCCUAUGUAAGGUGAGUGGGCAAGUAAAACUAUGUCACAUGUGUUAAAAGUAUAGUAGAGAUGCCACAUGGCUGAGGCAGUACUGAAGGAAAGAUUGUAUUUCAAGAUAAUUAGAAAUCAUCCAAAUGAUUAUUUCAGAAUUAAGUAAAUGGAAGCAUGUGCUAAGAGAAUAAUGACUUUACCUUAUUUCCUAGACUUAAGGAAAAUUGAUUAGCUUAAAUAAAUGACCAGUUUCAAAAUCAGCAGUGGAUAUGAAAGGGAAAAGCAAAAUUGUAAUGAGAAUUGAAGGCUCGCACAAAAUGAUGCAAGCACACCUCCUACCUGACCGUUACUGCUGCACUUCUUGUAUUAGCUUGUCACUGUUUGGAGCAGCCAUUUGCAGAAAAAGAUCUGUGAAAAAUAAUUUCCAUUUUCCCCAAGACAACUGGCCUGGGCUUGAUCUAAUGAGUGCACACACCGUCGUGUUUGUGCCUCUGAGGUCUGCUCAGCAGGGCAAUGCAUUAUUAGAGGCAGCAAUCUUCUGUGUCUGUUCAUUCUGACAGUGUUACAGAGUAUCUUCAUCAAAAGCCUUACUCCCCCUCUCUCACAUAGCGAUUUUUGCUACAAAAAUAUUCUUUAAACUGCCAACUAUAACUAAGAUACAGUAAAUAGUGUAAUAUCAGAUACUUAGAAAAGGGUGCAGAGGCAUUUAUGGAAAAGCAUGUGAUUACAUGUAGAUUUUGGAGGGGGCUAAGCAUUUCUCUCCUUUAAAUGAGUAAUCUCUGUAUUUAUAGUAAAUAUAUGCGUGUUUUGAGAUUCCUUACUGUUAGAUUAUAAGAAAUUUCAGCUGUUUACAGUAGUGUCUACUAUAUACUGUGUAUAAGUAUAUACUCUUAGUGUUCUUUGGGGAUAGUUUUUCCCCACAUUUGAAUCUGGCUAGCUUAUUUCUGUUUUUCUGCUGUAGCAACUAAAUGUGGGAGACCAGAGCAUCCAGCCUGAUUGUGCUUUGUUGCUGGUGGUUCACCUGCCACCACCUUUGCCAGGCCUCAUGGGAUGAUGUCCUGGCUGUGUUGCAGACUCAGCAAUUCCAUGUCUGUGUUUAGCUGAGUAACUGCUGUUUUUUGAGAUAGCGUCUCACUAUGUAUUCCUGGCCUGGAACUUACUGUGUAGUUCAGGCUGGUCUCAACCUCAUGAUCCUUCUGCCUCUGCCCUCCAACUGUGGGAUUAUAGGAUGAGGACCCCCUGCCCCCUUGUGUCCAGCAACUAUUAAUCAUUUUGGACAGUACAGUUGUUAGUUUCAGAUUAGGAAUGUUAUGUUGUGACUUUAGUUAUGUAGUUAGGAACCGAUGAGGCCAUUUUCUAAGUAUAAUUUGAAGUUAAAAGAAAAGAUAUUCUGAUGCUAGGAUGUUUACAUAAAGAGACAGACUAUCUUCUUGCAGACUUGGAAAUAGCAAAAUUGAGGGUCUUAUCUUCCUUGCCGUAGACUGCCCAUUGGGCAAUGAAGGAUGGCUGCUGUACACAGUCUGCCAGUCCAAGAACCUGUAGGCCACAGCUGCAUCUCAUUUAAGUCCUUUUCUCUGUCUCUUGAAUUGCAGUGCUAAAAACUUGUGUCUGUAAGGGGACAGCUCCUAGCUCUGUUUCCUCCUUGUUAGAGCACACUAACUUCUGUGAGAGAAGCCGUAAAGUCUCUAGUGCUGGGACCUGUGGAUUUCCCUUUGUCACUUGGCUGUUUAUUUAUGAAUAGAAGAUAUUCUUCUAGUCAUGUCUUCAGGCACCUAAAAUUAUUGUAAAUUUGCUUGGGUUUGCAGGAGACAGUAAGACCAAGAACUGAAUCAUGCCAGUGACUUUCUUCCUCACUCUCUGAAACUGCUACCUCUUAGUCUCUUCACAGUACUUGGCCCAUUGGGUAGCUCUCUUCCUUGUUACCCAAGCCUCUCUUCCCUGUGCCUCAGAACAACUCAUACUUCCCUUAGGAUUAUUUUUACAGUGGCAUACAUUCUUUUUUUCCCUUUUUCUUUUUUUUUUUUUUUAGCAUUGGGUUUCAGGGCCUUGAUAGGAAGGGAAAAAAAAAAAAAAAGGUCAGUGUCCUAGCACAUUCAGAGUUCACACUGCAGUUGUGUGUUAGGGUCUCUAGGCACUGUUAGCACUCCUGAUGAUGUUUCAGGAAAGCUUUGGGAAGCAGUAUUUGGAAUCCUUUUCUGUACCCUCACCCGACCACAUUUUCUCCCUCUAAAUACAUACAACUCACCAGAUGGUGCUAGCACAGUUGCACUUGUUCAUGUGGGUUAACAUUCUUAUCUAUGCUGUGCACAUAUUAAUUUUGUUUGGAGCAAGGUUUCCAAGAGAGAUAGUUUUAUAUUAGUGUAAGAACAUUAUACUAGGCAAGUUGCCCAAAUUAUGCUUAAGGUAUUUGUAACUUAAUAAUGGCAAAUUAACCAGAAGUCUACUGAAACAUAAAUGUAACUGGAAAUAACUUCUUAAGUUUAUAUUUUUGAUGAUUUUAGCCUGAAAGAACAUUUUACUUUAGAAUGUUGAAAUGCAUGCUGCUUAAGAUUUGUCUAAUUCAAAAUUCAAACCUUGCUGGUUCAUUUUUACACAUGCGAAUAUCUUGGGUAGUCAUACGUUGCCUGAUGGGUGUUCUUUGCUUAUUUUGAAUUCUGGACACUUUUGAACUAGGAAUAGUUAAACUAGGACAGUGCUGGAUGGAGCAGAGCUGGUUUGAGACGUAAGGGUUGCAGCAGGUGUGAAACAGAGACAGCAAGCACAGAGAAAGGAGCGUCAUGUAGGGUUUGCCGCGGCCUUAGUGGAAAGGGCAUGCGUAUUUAAUUAAGAAUAAAAGUGUCUGGUAGGUCAGUUCUUCAUAUGUCUUCACAGUUGUUUUGUAAAUUACAGAUUUUAAUACAACUUGCUUUUUUUAAGGUCUAAAAGCAUUUAUCCUUUCAAAGUGUCUGAAAUAUUUAUAGUAAUAAUUUGUAUAAAAAAUGACUCACAGGAUACAUUUUUUGGAAUUUUUUUAGAUUGCAGUAAGAACCACAUAUCAUACAGUUUGUUAUCCCGACUGCUUCUAAAUGUGCAGUUCAGCAGCGUCUCUUCCACUAUGUUGUUGAAAAACAGGUGUGGAACUUUAUCCUGCACAGUUGAAAUGUCACAUCCAUCAAGUACUCCCUUUUUCAUAUCGUCUAUGCAGUAGGGGGUUCUGAGUACAUAUAAAGCAAACAUUCACAUUACUGAGUAGAGUCCUUUGUGUUUGCAAGAUCUAAACUUAGGUAGACAUCAGGUUCCUGACAUUUGAGGGAAGGCAAUCUCUCCCCUGCCAUAAUUGUUAUUUUUACAUGUAUAUUAACUGAAAGUGUUUAUUAGUUCAUUUUGAGCUGGGGUGGAAAAAUACAAUUGGGGGAGAUUCGAGACAGGGUUUCUCUGUGUGGCCCUGGAUGUCCUGGAACUCACUCUGUAGACCAGAGUGAGUGGCCUUGAACUCACAGAAAUCCACCUGCCUUUGCCUUCCAAGUGCUCGGGUUAAAGGUGUGCGUUACCACUGCCCAGCUCAGAAAAAUACAUUUAAAUAUGAUAAAUAAGUUAGCUUUCUUUUGUAUAAAUUGGGAAGGUAAUAGAUUUUUCACAAGUAAUUUGUGCCUUGUUAUAAACACCCCUUGUCAUUGAGUCUACCUGUCAAAGUUUUAGAAUACAUUUUUCUUUUAAAAUGGCGUCUAAUUUAACUUCCUUGAAAUAUCACAUAGGAAUGCUUACUGAUGUUACUUGAUAAUCAUGUAUAUCCUUUUGACUUUAACACACACACACACACACACACACACACACACACACACACACGGUAGCAGUAUUGAUGAUUACGGUUGUAUGUCUCUAAACAUUAAAUGUGAGGAAGCUGUUUAAUGCUGUCUCGUGCACAUGUUGCUUUACUUGCAGUGAAGGAGAAGUCCUUUGCACUGAGUGUCAGUGGCUGAUAGAGUGGCUAGUAGUGCAGUGAAAUACAGCAUACAAAGAGGAAUGCGUAGUUAAUGAAGUUAAGUUGCUGCUUCGGCAUUUUCUACCUCCUUUUCUAUCAGAAUACUGCUCUUCUUCCCCCUUCUAGCAUCUCAUCUUGUUUGUGAGUGAGAAGGAAAGAGCCUGAGGUUAAGUUAGACUCCUUUUUUGAGAAUGUAAGCAAUAGGUGCAGGAAAAGGGACUGGUCAGAUUGAUUUGGUGCCUGAAUCUAAAAGUAUGAAUUGAUAUGUGCAAACUGUCUAAGAGGAAAAAUAGUGCUGAGUAUUUGAAUUUUCCUGCGUAGUUCUCUUGAUUUUAUUUCAUAAACAUGACUUUCCUCAAAAGCAAAGUGGUCUUCUAAUUUUUUUAUGAAAUAAGCAAAUACGCCAUUUUGUCUGAGUAUACAGUUUCAGGAAGCUGCUGAAAGUUCCGACUCAGGGCUUUUUCACAGUUUAAGCAAUUAGUAAUAUAUUUUGGAAACUCCAUCUGCAUAAUUUUUCAGUGCCUUGAAUGAAUUACUAACCCAGCAACACUUCAAACUUUGUAGUGGGCAGCCUUUGGUGCACUGGGUCAUGUGUGCACAUUCCUAAUUAUACUGCUAAGUGUGUGCAGUAGCAGCUCUGCAUGUGUGCUGGGUUUGCAUGAUUCUUUAAGGGAAGUGUCUACAUUUGCACUUGAUACUUGGUUUUUGCUUCUGUUUUUUAAAACCUGAUUAUUCAAUGCCAUGGCACUGUUACAAGAAAACUGGUGUUUGCUGUCAGUAUGCAGUCACCUUAAAUAGCUGUUGGGGAAAGGGCAGGGCACACACUUUGUUUAGUACAAAAAGAGAAUCAGUUUGGGAAGCAGAUCUUCCUCUCAAGUGGAAACCAAACCAAGCCAACCCCUUUUUUUAGUGGUUCAAUUAAAAAAUUAAUUGAAAGGAAAUCAUGAAUUGCAUGUCAUUCUUGAUGCUGACCUGUAGACUAAAUGCACAUUUCUGUCUCCUUCAGUAUGUGUCUGCCAUUCUAAGUACAGUAUAUUCAAAAAGGAAAAAGUAGUUUGACUCACAAGUGUUUUGCUUUGUAUUUUUUUUUCCAGUUCUUCUUAGAUUUCAAUGUUGGAAUAAAUUUAAGUCUUGCUUAUGGAUAAAAUUCUGUAUGGAAAAUUAUUCUUGCUUAUUAGCUUUUGUUUAAAAAAAGCUUAGUAAUAACUAAGCUUUUUGAAAUAAAUGAAAACAUUUACCAUUAAUAAAACCUGUGGUGUAAUAUGUUU